UUGAUAGCCAACUGCUUCAAUGCGUGUCUCAGUCGUACAAGCCUAUUGGCUGAAAAGUCUUGCAGCUUGGGGGCCCUCCAAGGCGGAGACAAGACAGCGGAAUCUCUGGGCAAGUCUCAUGCACUUGGCGGAGCCUCACCAUCAGCAAGAACAUGGUGGUAACACCGCGCCCCAGUGGCCGAAAUUCAUAUAUGUGCCAUCCCAGCCGUCGCCAGACACUCGGCGCCUACCUUGCCAUAUCUUGUCUUCUGGGCGACUCUGGUCACCCCAAGCUCGGCAUCAAGCCGACGCCCUGCACUGCCAUGUGCUACAUGUACUCUGAUCAUAUAAGACUAGCCAUGGUCCCAGGAACCAGGGUUCUGUCAAACACAUCUUUGCAACUGCACACUCAAGAUGGCGUCUCCAGUCACAGCCAAGUAUGAUUGGAUUCUUGCAAUCACCACCAUUGCCUUUGUGUUCUCCGCCUUCGGAAAUGGCGCCAACGAUGUCGCCAACGCAUAUGCCACUUCGGUCGCCGCCCGUACCUUGACUAUGGUUCAGGUUGGACCCCUUGCGGUGGUAACGGAAUUCAUCGGCGCUGUUGCACUCGGAGCCCGUGUGACCUCAACCAUCAAGAACGGCAUCAUCUCCAUCUCCCGCUUCGAGGGCAAUCCAGGUGCGCUCAUGUUGGCCAUGGGCUGUGCUGAGGUCGGCAGUGCCUUUUGGCUCAUGCUAGCUACACAUCUAGGAAUGCCAGUGUCCACUACCCAAACGGUAGUAGGCGCUCUCAUUGGAGUCGGAUUCGCUAGCCAGGCUUCUGUCAAAUGGGCGUGGGAGUCUGGCUCAGUAUCACAGGUUGCUGCUUCUUGGGCUAUCGCCCCUCUGAUUGCUGGUGCCUUCUCAGCCAUCAUCUUCGGCACCGUCAAGUACUCGGUUCUCGAACGCAAAGACCCUUUCAAGCACGCCAUGCGCCUCAUCCCUGUCUAUUUCGCCAUGACAGGAGCUAUCUUAGCUCUCUUUAUUGUCGUUGAAGCGCCCACUGCACCCUCCCUCGAAGAAUUCGGAGCUGGCAAGGCUGCUGGCAUCAUCUUGGGAGUCUUCUUUGGAUGCUUGGCGAUCUGCUAUAUUUUCUUCAUCCCAUUCUUCAAGCGCAAGCUCAUCAUGAAAGACCCCCGUGUUCGGAUCUGGCACGUCGUCUUGGGCCCCUUGCUUCUCAAAGAGGGCACUACUCUGUUCUGGCCAGGCAAAGGCAACGAAUACGUCACCGAUUACUACGAGGACGCCUACGGCGAAGUGCAUGCUGGAACCAACACAAAGCAUGCCAUCGCCAGUCCCGCCAACGACGACGACAUCAAGAAAGUAGAUGCUGCAUCGCCAUCCGGUUCGACCAAGGACGGUGGCGUCCUUCCCAGCGACCCCGAAAAGACACGCGUUGAAGAAAGCACCAGUGCGCCGGCCCGAAAACUGAAGACUCCGGAGCCCUACGAACGCUGGAUCGUCCCUGUCAAGCAUCUCUCAUGGGUUAACCCUCAGAAAUGGUGGGCAUACACCAAGUUCGUUUUCCUCAGAGGUGUGACCUGCGACGUCAUCACCCACGACAAUGAUCUCUUGCGCGCCAUUCACUCCAAAGCCAUCCGCUACGAUGUUCGCGUCGAACAUUUGUGGACGUACUGUCAGGUUGUAUCAGCUAUGAUGAUGUCCAUCGCUCACGGCUCCAAUGAUGUGGCCAACGCUGUCGGACCGUGGGCUGCUGUCUAUCAGACAUACUUAGCUGGAGAGGUUGCUACACGCUCGCCUACCCCCGUUUGGUUCUUGGUCGUAGCUGGUCUUCUGCUUGGUCUCGGUUUCUGGUUCUACGGAUACCACAUCGUUCGUGCCCUUGGUAACAAGAUCACUCAGAUGUCGCCCACUCGCGGUUUCUCUGUCGAACUAGGCGCUGCUGUUACCGUCUUGCUAGCUUCCCGACUUGGUCUUCCAGUGUCAACCACACAAUGUCUGACUGGUUCAGCGGUCGGUGUGGCUUUGAUGAACUACGAUCUUGGUGCCGUCAACUGGCGCCAACUCGCUUUCAUCUUCUCAGGAUGGGUCAUGACCCUACCCGCCGCCGGUCUUGUCUCUGGCCUUUUGUGCGUCAUGGCACUCAACGCACCUAGCUUCUGAUCGGAUCCAUGAUGAGGCGACUCCUGAAGUUUUUUCCGUUUCGUGUUUUCUCGAGAGCACAUCUUUGUAAUAUAAAUUGCAAAGGCGCAGGCAAAUUUCCGCCGACUAAGGGUAUUAGUUAGUUCAAUCAUUAAUAUUUGUUUCUCGCAUUAUG